AGGAGGAGGAGGAGGAAAAGGAUAGAAACACAAAAGACGGGAUUCUUAGGUGUGAAAUCUGAAUCCACUGUCUCAAACUCACUUCAAACACUUCCACUUCCCUUUCUAUGCAAAAAAGCUAAAAUGUCUUCAAUGAGUCAUUGAAAUUUAAAUCUAAUCAAAGCUUCAACAAAACAUGGGUCACUUAAAUCUACCACCAUCCAAGCGAAAUCCGCGCCAAUGGAAACUUUUGGACAUCGUCUCCGCCUUCUUCUUCGCCCUCGUACUCUUGUUUUUCUUGUUGGUCUUCACCCCUCUCGGCGAUUCCUUGGCUGCCUCUGGUAGGCAAGCUUUGUUGCUUUCCACCUCCGAUCCAAAGCAACGGCAUCGUUUGGUGGAGCUGUUGGAGCUUGGCCAUCAUCACCAGCCUAUCGAAGCUUGCCCUGCUGAUUCCGUCGAUCAUAUGCCGUGCGAGGAUCCUAGGCGUAAUAGUCAGCUCAGUAGGGAGAUGAAUUUCUAUAGAGAAAGGCAUUGCCCUUUGCCUGAUGAAACGCCUCUUUGCUUGAUCCCUCCUCCUCUUGGCUACAAGAUUCCCGUUCAGUGGCCUGAAAGCUUGCACAAGAUAUGGCAUUCCAACAUGCCACACAACAAAAUUGCUGAUAGGAAAGGUCACCAAGGAUGGAUGAAAGAGGAAGGUCCUUACUUUAUUUUCCCUGGUGGUGGAACAAUGUUCCCUGAUGGAGCUGCAUCGUAUAUAGAGAAACUUGGACAAUUCAUUCCCAUAACCGGUGGAACUCUUAGGACGGCCCUCGAUAUGGGCUGUGGGGUUGCUAGUUUUGGGGGUUCAAUGUUAAAAGAAGGCAUUUUGACACUCUCAUUUGCUCCAAGGGAUUCACACAAAGCACAAAUACAAUUUGUUUUGGAAAGAGGGAUACCAGCCUUUGUUCUAAUGCUUGGCACCCGCAGACUCCCAUUUCCUGCAUUUGCAUUUGACUUAAUUCACUGCUCUCGUUGCCUUAUCCCUUUUACAGCUUAUAAUGCAACAUAUUUCGUUGAAGUGGAUCGGUUGCUUCGUCCGGGUGGAUAUUUGGUCAUCUCCGGACCCCCUGUGCAGUGGCCUAAGCAAGACAAGGAGUGGACAGACCUCCAGGCUGUUGCAAGAGCAUUGUGUUAUGAGCUUAUUGCUGUGGAUGGAAACACAGCCAUUUGGAAGAAGCCUGAUGGAGAUUCAUGUCUACCAAACCAAAAUGAAUUUGGGCUUGAAUUAUGUGAUGGAUCAAAUGACCCAAGUAAUGCAUGGUACUUUAAAUUAAAAAAGUGUGUGACUAAAACAUCUUCUGUAAAUGGAGAAUAUGCUAUUGGGACAAUUCCCAAGUGGCCAGACAGGCUAACAAUAGCUCCUUCAAGGGCCUUGGUCAUGAAAAACGGGAUUGACUUGUUUGAGGCAGACACGAGGCGGUGGGCAAGGAGAGUUGCCUAUUAUAAGAAUACUUUGAACGUGAAGCUUGGUACUCCAGCAAUACGCAAUGUCAUGGACAUGAAUGCAUUCUUUGGAGGGUUUGCAGCAGCACUCAAAUCUGAUCCAGUAUGGGUGAUGAAUGUUGUUCCUGCUCGGAAGCCAUUAACUCUUGAUGUUAUAUAUGACAGGGGCCUUAUCGGGGUAUACCAUGAUUGGUGUGAGCCUUUCUCAACAUACCCCCGUACUUAUGAUCUCAUCCAUGUAGCUGGCAUUGAAUCACUAAUAAAACUCCCGGGUUCAAGCAAGAGCAGGUGUAAUCUUGUGGAUCUAAUGGUGGAGAUAGAUCGAAUGCUGCGUCCAGAAGGAACAGUCGUGAUUAGAGACUCCCCUGAAGUAAUAGAGAAAGUGGCUCGGAUAGCUCAUGCAGUAAGGUGGUCAGCAACCAUAAACGACAAGGAACCCGAAUCACAUGGAAGGGAGAACAUUUUGGUUGCAACCAAAACCUUCUGGCAGCUAACUUCAUCGUCAUCAUGAGGCAGCCUUUGUUCUUCCUAAUAUAGGUAUUUCUCCUUUUCGUUUCUUUUUCUUUUAAUUACGAUUUUAAGUCAAUUUGUCUUCUCCUUGCAUCAAAAAGGUGCAAUCUUGUUUCUUGUUCCGUGUUCGCUAUUUUUUUUUAUAUCAAGAAACUGUAGAUUUAGAAAGUAUAAGAAUCAACAGGCUGCAACUUUAUUAUAGUACAGACAUAGAUUGCGGUGAGAAUUUGAUUGUAAUUUGAUGCCAUUAGAUUGUUCCAACUCUAA